CACAGACGGCGCAGAAGCAGCUUUAUUUUGCAAUCGUGCUGAUUGUGCUUCCAGACUAUUUUACUCACAAACUGCAGGAAGGGUCGCAAUGCAAAUUUAAAUUACGCGCGCCGAGCACACCGUUCGAUGGUGACGUUCAUCACAAGAGCGACCACAGCUCUCCCAGGCUCUCCCAUUACUCUGUGGGAAGAUAUCCCCACAGAACACCUAUAAUAUCCCAUCUAGUACAUACAUCUUGGUACACCAAAGCAACGCCUCGUUGACCAAAGUUGUGGGCAAGCGCAAGGACUGUCAUCGAUUCUUCGGUGUUCCCUAUUUGGUUGGGAUCUCGACACGUUGAUCACGUUUGUUGAAAAAACUGCCGCUUGCUGACAAGACAACCCUCCAUAAUGAUCUUCGCAUGUCAAAGGGACAGCUAUCUUAGGAGCUUCAAAACACGUGUAGUUGCCUGCAACCCAGUUGUUGACGAAUCCGCGGGGGAUGUUUACGAAGUGGUGUUCGAAGACACCGUGUUAUUUCCCGAGGGAGGAGGGCAGCCCGACGAUCGUGGACUGGUGGGCGAUGUGCCUGUGUUGCGUGUCUUUCGCAGAGCCGGAGAAGCGGUCCACGUCGUGUGCUCGGCCAUUGCGGUUGGCGCAGAGGUGGAGAUGAGCGUGGACUGGAAGCGCCGUUACGACCACAUGCAGCAACAUUCCGGCCAACACCUGAUAACUGCACUGGCUGAACAACAUUUCGAUUUUCUGACGACGUCAUGGAACUUGGGGGAAGAAGUGAGCUUUAUUGAACUAGAUGCUCCGAUGGGAGUCAAAGAAGAAGACCUGCGAAAUUUGGAAUCAUUAGUGAAUGAGAAAAUACGGCAGGGCCUUCCGGUGCACACUAAUCUUUACGAAGCUGGGUCGGACGCGCUGCAGUCUGUUCGAACCAGGUUGAAGCUGCCAGACGGAGGCGGAGAUGUAAUUCGAGUGGUGACCAUCGAAGGCGUGGACUCGAACACUUGUUGUGGGACCCACGUCUCCAACCUGGCGCAUCUGCAAAUGAUAAAGUUGCUGUACACGGAAAAGGGCAAGCAGAAAAAAACGAAUCUUUACUUUCUAGUCGGAAACAGGAUCUUGCAGUACCUGGACAAAACAGUUUCGCGAGAGAAAGUGAUAACUUCCGUGCUAAAAUGUGGCCCCGAUGAUCACGCAUCGAUGGCUGAGAAGCUUAGCAAAUCCCUGAAGCUCGCCAACAAAAACUUGCUCACUGCACUGCGGGACUUGGCCGUCGCUGAAGCGAAACUUGUGAAGCAGCAGGAACCCCUGUCGGCAUUCUAUACAUUUCAUAGGCGAGAAGCAGAUGCCGAGUUCAUGGCAAUAUUUGCGAACGAGCUAUCAGACAAAGAUGUCUUGCUCUUCCUCACUUGUGGUGAUGAGAAAGGCAGUGGACAGUUUCUGGUGUCUGGCCCAGAAAACAUAGUGGCUACUACUGGACCCAAGGUAUGCGAACUGCUAGACGGCAAAGGUUUCUUGAAGCAUGGAAAGUUUCAAGGGAAGGCCCGUGCUCUCUCCGGAAGGGGAAAGGUGGAGAAACUUUUAAUGGAUAUGCUUGAUAACAAGUAGUGUCAGCCACAUUGGUGUGUAAAUGAGACAAGAGUACAGAAAUGCUACUUUGCUUAGAACCCUUCACUGCACUAAGCAUCCACCUCCAAUAAAGGAGUUCAAUUCCUUAUGCUGC